AUGGAGGACUUCAGCAGUUUUGUGUUGGAAGAAUAUAUGGAUGAUAGUGAGCUGGAAGUUGUUCUGUCCGAAAUGGAUGAGAGCGCUUUAUACGUCGGGCACCGGACGAGAUCAUACAUACACCGCGAUUUUGUCGAAGCAGAAAGAAUCCUCUUCGAUGAUUACCUCGGCGAUAAUCCCAGGUAUAACGACAGGAUGUUUUUGAGGAGGUUCCGCAUGACGAAGGAGAUGUUCUGGCGCAUUUCCGAUGGCCUAAAGAACCACGAUUUUUUCAAACAAAAAAUCGAUGCCGUCGGAAAGCGCGGACUCUCCACCGUCCAGAAAGUGUGCGCAGCGGUACGGAUGCUGGCAUACGGGACCUCCUCAGACUCCGUCGACGAAUACCUUAAAAUGGGAGAUUCAACGGCAAUGUUGUGCCUAAAGGAGUUUUGCUCCUCGAUAUUGAGCGACUCCUCCAAGAGGGCGAAAAAAGAGGGUUUCCCGGUAUGCUUGGUAGCAUCGACUGCUGGCACUGGCAGUGGGACAAGUCACAAGUGCCCAACCGCCUAUAAAGGUCAGUUCACAGGCAAGGAAGGGAAAGCGACAAUAGUGCUGGAGGCUAUUGCCUCCAGCGAUACACAUAUCUGGCACAGUUUCUUCGGAUCUCCUGGUAGCCUAAACGACAUCAACAUUUUAGAUCGGUCGCCACUGGUCAACAACAUAGUUAAUGGAGGAACGUUGGACGCAAAAUAUCGUCUGAAUGGCAAACAGCGGCAUCAGGGAUAUUUACUAGCCGAUGGAAUAUAUCCGGAUUGGGCUGUGUUUGUGAAGACGAUUUCAAACCCCAAAAAUGCAAAAGAAAAACUCUUUUCUAAGCUGCAAGAGUCCUAUCGCAAGGACGUGGAGCGCGCGUUCGGUAUCAUGGUGAAAUGUUUCCAUAUAUUGGCCUAUCCAGCACGCUUGUUUGACGUUAACGUUUUAAAAAACGUAUUGCAGACGUGCAUUAUUCUUCACAACAUGAGAGUCGAAUUAAAAAUCAGCACCGAACAAGAUCAUGAACAGGAGGAAGGCGAUGAGCAACAAGAUCUCGAGGUUGAAAAUGGUUCCGCUGGUCUGAAUAGUGUAGAUGCUCUUUUCCAACAAUAUUGCUCCAAACGAGUAAAAAUUAAGGACACACAGGAAUCCGCUGCUUUGCGGCACGAUCUAGUUGAUCACGCGUGGCAGCAUUUUGGAUGUAAAUCUUAG